UCACAAUUAAAUGUAGAAACAAUAUAGCCUAAAAUUCCUUAGCCCUAGAACACAUCGACUAACAAAAUGAGGAGUACAUCUACGUGAACACAAAUUGAAGUGGAAGCGAAGAGGAGUGGAGUCGGAGCUCGGGGGGAUUGGAUUGUGAUCGGAAGACAGCUUUCGCCGCAGAGCUUUUAUGGCGUUUUUGUUUGGCGAACCAGUUGCAAAUUUGGUGCCGCAGCGGACGGAACUCAGCACAGCAGUCUCUCCCCAGUGAAAACCCACCACUCAUCGCCUCCUGCAUCUCGCGGACUUCUCGCUUAACCCUUUUCGACGUGCGUGCCUACAACAGAGUACUCAGUACACACUACCACCACACAGUUCACCAUGAGCAAGCAAUUGGCGCGCCAUGUGGGUCAGCUGAACAGCCUCCUGAAGACGGCGGCCACCGCCUCCUCGGUCUCCGCCCACAACAACUACUUCACCUACGUGCGGGAGCUGUCGCAUCCCAUCGCCCGGGAGCCUCCAAUCGUCAAGGCGGAGGAGGCCGUGGCAUGCGUGAAAUCCGGUGACACGGUUUUCGCCGGCGGAGCAGCCGCCACGCCCGUGGCUCUGCUGAACGCGAUGGCCAAGCACGGAAAGAGCAACAACCUGGAGUGCGUCACGGUGUGCCACAUGCACACCGAGGGUCCUGGCGAGUACGCCAAGCCGGAGUACAAGGACCACUUCCGCUCGAACUCCUUCUUCAUGGGCGCCAAUGUGCGCAAGGCGGUGGCCGAGGGCCGUGGUGACAAUGUGCCGAUCUUCCUUCACGAGAUCCCCCAGCUGUUCUACAAGCAGAUCGUAAAGCCAGAUGUGUCCUUCAUCCACGUGUCGCCCCCUGAUAACCACGGCUACUGCUCUCUCGGCACCAGCGUCGAUUGUGUGCGAGCUGCGCUGCUGAACUCGAAGCUCAUUGUUGCUCAAAUCAACCCCAAGAUGCCGCGCACCUUCGGCGAUGCCGUCAUCCACAAGUCUCACUUCGACUACGCCAUUGAGGUGAACGAUGAUCUGCCUCAGCACGGAACUGGUGAGAUUUCGGAAGUGGAGAAGAAGAUCGGCAAGCUCAUUGCCGAGAACCUCGUCAAGGAUGGCGCCACCCUGCAGAUGGGCAUUGGCAGCAUCCCCGACGCCGUUCUUGCCGCCCUGCACAACCACAAGGAUCUGGGCAUCCACUCCGAGAUGUUCGCCAACGGUGUCGUGGAGCUCGUGCGCAAGGGAUGCGUCACCAACAGCAAGAAGAAGAUGCACCAGGGCAGAAUCGUGGGCUCCUUCCUGAUCGGUGACAAGGCCCUGUACGACUUCGUGGACAACAACCCCUUCAUCGAGAUGUACGCCAUCGACUAUGUAAACAACACCAGCAUUGUGAAACAGCAGCCCCGCAUGACGGCCAUCAACAGCUGCAUUGAGGUGGAUUUGACUGGACAAGUUUGUUCAGACUCGAUUGGCUCCCGAUUCUACUCCGGAUUCGGCGGCCAGGUGGACUUCAUUCGCGGAGCAGCGGAGGGUCUCGAUGGACUGGGUGUGCCAAUCAUUGCCAUGCCAUCGACCACCAACAAGGGCGAGAGCAAGAUUGUUCCCACGCUGAAGGCAGGCGCUGGCGUCGUCACUUCGCGUGCCCACGUCCACUAUGUCGUCACGGAGCACGGAAUUGCCUCGCUGUUCGGCAAGAACGUGCGCCAGAGGAUGUACGAACUCAUCCAGAUCGCCGAUCCCAAGCACCGCGAGUCCCUGGAGAAACAAGCCUUCGAGCGCAUCAAGGUUAUGCCCUCGCCGAACUAAGCACUGAACUCCUAGAGAUCACUAUUUACUAGCAGCAACCCGCAAUCUUUGAAGGCAUUCCCGAAAUCGCUCUGAUCCACUUCAUAGGAUUGCAAUCAUGAUAGCCCUUUAGCAUUACCAAAUCUGAAAUUUCAAUUGAUGAGUAACGAAUUGAUGGGAGAAAUAAAACUGAAAUUGAUUACA